CCCUGCCGGCCUUGGUGCCGGGGCUGCAGGGCGGCGAGGCCAGCGCGCUGCAGCACAAGAUCCGCAGCUCCAUCUGCAAAACUGUACAAUCUAAAGUGGACUGCAUUUUGCAAGAAGUUGAGAAGUUUACAGACCUAGAGAAACUCUACCUCUACCUUCAGCUGCCUUCGGGUCCCAAUAAUGGAGACAAAAGCGAUCAGAUCUCCAUGUCGUCCAGCCGUGCCCAGCAGAUGCACGCCUUCUCGUGGAUACGGAACACCUUGGAAGAGCACCCUGAGACAUCCCUUCCCAAGCAGGAGGUUUAUGAUGAAUACAAGAGCUAUUGUGACAAUCUUGGCUACCACCCACUAAGUGCUGCUGACUUUGGAAAGAUCAUGAAAAACGUCUUUCCAAAUAUGAAGGCCCGUCGUCUAGGCACAAGAGGCAAAUCAAAAUAUUGCUACAGUGGACUGAGGAAGAAGGCUUUUGUGCAUAUGCCAACACUGCCCAACCUUGACUUUCAUAAAACUGGAGAUGGGUUGGAUGGGGCAGAGCAGUCUGGGCAGCUGCAAAGUGCUGAUGAGGAAGUUGUCUCUGCGGCCUGCCGGCUUGUUUGUGAAUGGGCCCAGAAAGUGCUGAGCCAGCCUUUUGAUACAGUCUUGGAAUUGGCUCGUUUCCUCGUAAAGAGUCACUAUAUCGGUACCAAGUCAAUGGCAGCUUUAACAGUAAUGGCAGGGGCACCAGCAGGAAUAAAAGGGAUCCCCCAGCCCUCAGCUUUUAUACCUACUGCUGAAAGUAAUUCUUUUCAACCGCAAGUGAAAACUCUGCCGUCUCCUGUUGACGCCAAGCAGCAGCUGCAGCGUAAGAUCCAGAAGAAGCAGCAAGAACAGAAACUGCAGUCUCCUUUGCCAGGAGAGUCUCCAGCAAAGAAAACGGAAGGCACCGCAACCAACGGUGUGACCAGUAUAUCUAAUGGAAGUCCUGCAAUUCUGUCUCCUCCACCUAUUGGCAUUGUUGUGGCAGCUGUCCCCAGCCCAAUACCGGUGCCAAGGACCAGGCAGUUGGUGACGUCUCCAAGUCCUGUGGGAUCGUCUGAUAGCAAGGUCCUGCCACUCAAUGUUCAGGUGGUCACUCAGCACAUGCAAUCAGUCAAGCAGUCACCAAAGACUCCCCAGAACGUUCCCGCCAGCCCAGUUGGUGACCGCUCUGCCCGGCAUCGCUACCCACAGAUCUUACCGAAGCCAGCAAAUACCAGUGCUCUCACCAUCCGCUCUCCCACAACGGUGCUCUUUACCAGUAGCCCAAUCAAGACUGUUGUGCCAGCUCCACAUGUGAAUUCCUUAAAUGUGGUAAAAAUGACAGCAAUAUCUCUUGCCCCAAGCAGCAGUAGUGUGCCGGUCAAACAGACGCCUUCAGUUAGCAGUAGUGCAGGAGCAGUGGAAGAAGGGAGGACUGGUCCACAGAUAAAAAAUGGAUCUGUUGUUUCACUUCAGUCUCCAGGAUCCAAGCCUAGCACUGCUGUAGCUGCACCUGCAGUCAAGAUCAAAAUGGAACCAGAAGCAUUGCUGGAUGAGAACUCGGUACAGGGCCAAGAGAGUUCUGAUGUGUCUAAAUCCAUAAAGGCAACCCCUGACCUGCCUCCUGCUCAACUAAUGAAUUUUGAGGUUGCAACCUUGAAGGUUUCAGCUGAUGAUGUCGUGGAGGUAAAACCAGUUAAAGGCUGUGAUCAGGGAGCUGAAGAAGCAGGGACCAAAUAUAAAACACAAUCUAAUGAGAUCGCACCGGUUUCUUCAGCAGGCAAUAAUCAAAGCACUCUAAAGCUCUCAGUUGCCAGUCAAAACUUGUCCAGCACCAGCAUCGGUUCACCUCCUACUGGUGAGUCUACGAUUAAAGACAAAACGUGCACUAAAAGUCCAAGAAAGCGACAACCUUCUACACUUCAAGAUUCCCAGGUACCACCUGUAAAGAAACCACUGGUGGAGCAGCUUUCAGCUGGUAAUGCUGUGGAGGGUCAAAAAGCAAACAGCGUUAAGAAGUCUCCGAAGGUUGGAUCGUUAGCUAACAGUGACAAUGCAGCAACACUUGCUCAAGUUCCCAGCAAGGUACCUGUGAAGGUACCUGUACCUUCUGCAGCUGCAGCAAACUUAGCAACAGACCUUUCUUUGAGCACCAAUUUAAAUAGCAGUGAUUCUACUUUAGGACAGCAGCUUGCAUCAGCAUCAUCUCCAGAUAUAAAAGUAAAAUUGGAAGGAAACAUGUUUAUCAUAGAAAAUGAUUCAAAAUCUGAUGGCAGCUUUAACCCAAAUACGUGGCACCAUCUCACCAAAACCUCCGACUUUGCAUCUGUGAAUUGUGAACAGCAGCAAGAUAUCAGUGUUAUGACUAUUGCAGGGCACUCUGGUUCUGGUGACUUACAGGAAUCGGCAUGGGAGCCAGUGCACUGCGAAGGUAUACAGCAGGAUGCAUACAACCAGCAGCUACAGAGCCAGAUCCAGGACUCCUCCUUGAGUCAAAUACAAGCACAGUCUUCAAAUCAGUUACCUCUGCAGUCUGAGCUGAAAGAGUUUGAACAUACAGUCCCUCAGUCAAAUGAAAACUACUUUUCAUUUGAUGAUGACCUUACCCAGGACAGCAUUGUGGAGGAGCUGGUGCUCAUGGAGGAGCAAAUGUCCAUGAAUAAUUCUCAUCCUUAUGGUGGUUGUCUAGGAAUGGCACUUCAGAGUCAGACCACAGCUCAAGGAGCUCCUGUGUCAUCUCAUCCAAGCAGUGCGCACUUUUACCAUUCAAUCCAUAACAACAGCACUCCGAUUCACACUCCCACCCCCACCCCCACCCCGACUCCCACCCCCACCCCGACUCCAACACCCACCUCCGAAAUGAUCACUGGAUCUCAGAACAUGUCCCGAGAGAGCCCUUGUUCAAGGCUGGCUCAGACGACUCCCGUAGACAGUGCUCUAGGAAGCAGCCGGCAUACGCCCAUCGGCACACCGCAUUCGAACUGCAGUAGCAGUGUCCCUCCAAGUCCUGUGGAAUGCCGAAACCCAUUUGCAUUUACUCCCAUCAGCUCCAGUAUGGCUUACCACGACGCCAGCAUUAUAUCAAGUAGCCCUGUGAAGCCAAUGCAGCGGCCUAUGGCUACCCAUCCCGACAAAACCAAGCUUGAGUGGAUGAAUAACGGCUACAGCGGUGUUAACAAUUCGUCGGUUGCAAACCAUGGCAUCCUUACAAGCUAUCAGGAGCUGGUAGACGACCGCUUCAGGAAACCUCACGCUUUUGCUGUUCCUGGCCAGUCAUACCAGUCUCAGCCGCGCCACCAUGAUACUCACUUCGGUCGUGUGACUCCUGUUUCACCUGUGCAGCACCAGGCAGCCCCUGUCAGUAGCACCACCAAGCAAGAGGGCUUUGCUGUUCCUGCUCCUUUGGACAACAAAGGAACCGGUUCCUCUCUCAACAACAGUCUGAGAUGCCGGAGCGUGAGCCCUGCUGUCCAUCGCCAGCGUAAUCUCAGUGGCAGCACUGUUUACCCUGUUUCAAAUAUACCACGCUCUAACCUGACACCUUUUGGAAGUCCAGUGACUCCUGAAGUUCACAAUGUAUUUGCUAAUAUCCAUGCAGACACCAGUGCCAAUAACAUAGCGCAAAGAAGCCAGUCAGUCCCGUUGACUGUGAUGAUGCAGACGGCCUUCCCGUCUCUUCAGAAACAAACAAACACUAAAAAAAUAACCAAUGUGUUGUUAAACAAACUUGAUUCUGAUAGCGAUGAUGCAGUGAGAGGUUUGGGAAUGAACAACAUGCCCUCAAAUUACACAGCCAGGAUGAAUCUCACUCAGAUUUUAGAGACAUCCGCUGCUUUUCCUAGUGCCAACCCGCAAAACAUGAUCAAUUCCAGCACUUCAGUUUAUGAAUUCCAAACACCAAAUUACCUCACAAAGAACAGCAGCACCGAUCAGAUCAGUUUUUCUUCUGGAGAUAACCAAGCACAAUCAGACAUCGGAGAGCAGCAAUUAGAUUUUAGCAGCACUGUAAAAGACCUUUUAGGGGAGGACAGUCUGCCAACAAACCAGCAGCUGGUGAAUCAGGUGGCAUCAGAUCUCAAUAACGUUGCAUCUGUCUUUUCCAGCGACAUCAGGUUGUCUUCCGAGCUCUCAGGCAGCAUUAACGAUCUGAACACUUUGGACACAAAUCUACUGUUUGAUCCAGGUCGUCAGCAGGGACAAGACGAUGAUGCUACACUGGAGGAAUUAAAAAAUGACCCCUUGUUUCAACAAAUCUGCAAUGAAUCCAUUAACUCAAUGACUACAUCAGGUUUUGAGUGGAUGGAGAGUAAGGAUCAUCCUGCUGUUGAAAUGUUGGGUUAAUCUUGUUUUAUAAUAUGUAUGUAGCACACUGUAUCUAAAAGACAGACGUAUUGUAUUUGUCUUAAUGGAAGUGCCUCCUGCAGCAGAAACACUUGCUAUGUAUUGUGGCAUUUUUUAAAAAGUUUGCUGUACCUGUUGCUCAUUCUUCAGCAGGGAAAAGGCAGUCUUACCAAUUUUAAACGAAUCUCUGAAGGUGAUGGGCUAUCAAAGAGCCAGUAUUAAAAUUUGAAUUUUAUAGUGUUUCCCAUUCAACAUUUCUUAUUGUAGCAAAUAAAGAAGUGGUUAAUAGCCAGCCAGCAAUGACCGCUAUGGUUGAGGCUUUGUGAAGGUUUUAAGUCGAGCUUGUUAGUAGGCCUUCCAUACUUUGUAUUGCUUGUUACUUCUUAGUAGAUGAUCCUUACUGACCUUUGUUGUUCAAGUCUGAAAUGCAGGGUGCCUGCAGAUAGGUAGGUGGUGGGGAGUGGGUACAAGUGAACCAGGUGACACGCAGGUGCCUCAUCAUUGUGUAGCUGUCUUGAGCACUGCUCAGUGGUGAACUGUGGGAAAUCUCUGUAGCACUGGUGCCAUUGACAUCUCUAGUAAAAACGCAGAGAUAGGAAAAACUAACAGGAAUGAUCAAGGAAAAAGAAAGAUGCACUAAAUUUUUUAUUUAAGAGAAAUAAAUCUAUGUAGUUAUUUUAUCCAUUAAUAUUCAUGACAUACUUGAUACUUUAGUUCUCACUUCAAUGUUUUUACAUUAGGUAAAAUUCAUGCGAAGAGUUUUUGAGCACUGAGAUUUAAUCUAGACAGAACACCCUAUUUUAAAGUGAUAGGUACUGUUUAAUUAUUUAUCAAUGCUAGAGAAGGAACGUGAUAUUUCCCCUCUUUUUUUUUAAAUAAAAGAGCUGCUGGAGCUCAUUAAAAUACUAUUUUUAAAGAUUCAUUUUUUAAGUUUGCUCUUUCCUAACCUAGUGGAGGGUGUAGGAAGAUGUUCUUUUCUCUGUAUUUCAGUAGGUUGAGCCUUUCUGUCUUUCUUGCUUGCUCUCUUUCUCAAACAAAAGAUGAUUAAAAUAUUAGAAAAUGUGGUUGAUCUAAAAAUAUGUCAUAUAGAGCCAUAAUACUGCCAGGCACUUUACAGAUACACAGUAAGACAUUUGAUCUUUCUUUUGGUAAAACUACUUUUUAAAGUACUUACUGGUUUAAAAGCCUGAAUUCCAUUUUCAUAAGUGAUUUGACAGGACUGGUGAAUCUAAUUUUUUUUAGAAGUCCUUAGCUGCCCCUCUGGAAAAUGAGAUUUAGACUUCUGCCUCACUAGUUCACUUGAACCAAAAAAGGCCUUUUGUUUUAUCAGCAUGGCAUGGAUCUCUCUUAACGGUCAAAAGAGAGGGGUACUUAACUGGCCGUGGCCCUGAUGCUAGAAAGAGGACUCGCAGAGGCAAGCUUUGACAAAAGAAGUGGGGCACCGAGGAUGCUACAAUACCAUCGUUUAAGCUUAGUAGAAAAUUGAUUAUUUCUCCUGUGAACUGACACUUACAAAACAGAAAACAUUUUCCUCUCUUGCAUUACUUCUUUGAAGGAGCGGUCAUGAAUUUAUGAAGGGGGAGGCACAAUAAGCCCCCCUAGAUUUACUUAAGGGGAAGAUGCUCAGAUUUUUUGGGUGAUUAGUGGUUUUUUGUUUAAGUGUCUUGGUGGUCGUCUGUUUCUUCAGUUUUUGCUAAUGACUUGAGAUCCCAGUACUGGUCAGUUUUUUUGGCAGUGCUGGUUCAACUUGUGCUGCUGCAUUGGCACGUGAAGUGCUGGUGUACCACGGCUUCUCUUGCUCUUGACCCAAUUCAUCACCAGUCUAUGGCCUCUUCUGCAGGGACAAACAGUUGUGCCAAGCUGUAGCACCUUAUGGGGGCCUGAUUUCACUGUGCUUGCAUCAGAAGUUUUGCCACUUUGUCAGGAUCAAACUUGGAGAGUUCAGAUCCCUCCUCGAAGCACAUGGAUGUGCGAUAGUGUGGUUUGCUUAGUUUAUGACCAAGUGACCCUUUUAAGUUUUGUUAAGAAAAUGGAGAGGAGACUAAAAACUGCAUGGUAGCCUUUUGCUUGUUAUCUUGCCAGGUGUCUGUCAGUAAGGCUUGAACCAUUUUUCUUGUAGACUAAAGUUGCUGAAGGCAGGGCUUGAGUUCUGUACCUGCCUGUGGCCUUUUGCCAGAGAUGUGCUGAACAUCCUCUCACCUUGGUGACUUCACUGGGUCUGAGAGACACUCGGCACCUCUGUUUUUUUCCUGACCCUGUGUGAAGUGCCAGCACUACUGUGAAUAGGUGACACCUACCUUUUGAUGGAGGUUGAUGGGGGAGGACGUGAGCACCGGCGCUGCGGGGGGAAGCUGCACACGUGCUGCAGCAGCCCCUGCAUUUGCGUGACGUGCUGGCCUCACCUCCAGGUCGCUAACACUGAGACUGAGAUGGGCUUGGGGGAAAUAAGUUUUUACCUAACUUCACUAGUUUUUUAAGAACAUUUCUCAGAAAAGCAAGAGUAGAUUUAAAGCUGAUGCGUUCUAAAUUAUGCAGCCAUCACCAAAGGUUUUUAAAAGUGCGUUUAAAAUUAUUUAUAAAUACAAGCAUUACAUUGGGCCUAACGUGACUUAAUUAGCGAAAAUACUCUAUAAUCAGUGGAUUUAAAGCAAAUAUAUGUUUACUUUAAGAAGUGUUCAAUUCGAUAAGGAUUGUUUCAAGUAAAAUCCAAGGCACAGGCACAGCUUUGUACGUUGGUAUGUAUUAUUUUAGAAGUGUUUGUGUGUUGGUGUUAUAAUUAAUAAUGUUAGGUCCCUGUACUUAGUGCUAGUUAGUUCUUUACUAUACAUUGAGACAGAGCACUACUGCACACCAAAGUAUGCAAUACCCAAAGGAAAAUUCUGUGAUUCUAACAAAUGGAAGCCUGUCCGUGUCAGAUACUCCAAAACUAAGAAUUUGAGACAGUUCUGACCCCUUGUUUACAUUAUCGGCUUCCUACUAACACGAGAAAUAAAUUAUUUUGAUAGCAGUUUUUGCUAAAGUAUACGAACUAGUGAAUUUGUACCCUGUGUACAGUAUUGCAGCAAACACUUUAAAUUUGGUUGGUUGGUUAGUCCAGCAAACUUUCUGGGUUCAUAUAUUGCACUAAAAUUCUGUUGAACCUGUGGCAGGCACAUUCCUUAGGAUAAAUACAACAAAUAUGGCCCACAGAUUAAAAAAAAAAAAGCAAAACAAAAAAAAUUUUUAAUGUGUUUCAUUAUUAAAAGGCAAAAUGUCAUUAAAAGUGACAGGUGAAAUUGUCUUAUGUAGCAAUGUGCAUUGAUCUCAAUGAGAUAUUUCUAUUUCUUAUUCUCUUACAUGAGAAUAUUACAGCAGGAAAAAUUAAGUUUAGUUUGCUUCACCAUGUUAAUACAUGAUCACAAAAUGUGCAUGAGUGUUAAUGACUUAAUCUUGUACAGUACUAGAUAUAUUCCUGUAACCACUUUUAUUUUUUUUAUUCUUUUGCUGUAUUGAAACUGGUUCAGUGUUAACCAGGUGAGCAUAGUUAUUCACAAGUUAUUUACUUUUUUAUGUUAACUAAUUCAGCUUAGUUAUUGUUGAAUAUGUUCCUUUCUUGGAUUAUUUUUUAUUGUUCUGGUGUUGAAAACAUUUUUGCAUCAUUUUAUCAUGAUAAGAAUUCAUGAAGUAAAUAAUUUGCAAAUAAUUGCAAUAAGCACUGACUUCUGAACUGAAAAGAAGGAAAGCGUUUCUUGUGCAGUGCAUCUGAGGUUCAUAUAAUAGUCUUGUACUAUACUGUGCUUUAUUUACUGCACCGUAAGGAAAGAAAAAUCCCUGUUCCACGUUUUCAUUUAGUGCAGGAAAUCCAGUUUCUCCCCUCUUUCCCAGUGUUCUGUUGUCUGUUGUACUGCUGAAACUACAGUAGUUGAAUAUUGCAGUAGCAUUUCAGUUAUUUUUUUUAUUGAAAGUGCUCAAAAAUUGUUUUUUAAAUGUUUUCAAAAACAAUAAAAACAUUUUAUAUUA